GGCUCAGAGCCACUGUGCCGGAGAACUUUCAAAGCUCGGGCCAGAGGUGAGCCAUGGCUGUGCAGCUCUUGCGAGCCGAGGGCGAAGCCGGCGGAGGCAGCCGCACGUUGCUGCUAUCAGCACGGCCACCGGUGGGCGCGCGGCGCACGCCAUCAGAUGUGAGCUGCGUCAUAGACGUGUCUUGGUCCAUGAGCAUGGAAGCCAGCGUCAAGGCUGCCUCAGGCGCCACCGAGAGCAAUGGACUCUCAAUGCUGGACAUCGCCAAACAUGCUGUGCGGACCGUGAUCCAGACGCUCAACGAUCAGGACCGGCUAUGUGUCAUCACCUUUUGCCGGCAGGGUGAGCUGGUACUGCCGCUGACGAAGAUGGAUGCAGCAGGCAAAACACUGGCAGAGGAGGUCCUGACCAGGAUGACCUUUGGCAGUGGUACAGCUCUUUGGCAGGGGCUCCACCGCAGCUUUGCCGAGCUGCACAAGAACCGCGCCGAGGACCGUCUGAGCCAUACCAUGCUCUUGACAGACGGCGAAACGGAAGAUAGUGAGCAGCUCAUGUCUUACCUGAAGGAAUCCAAAGAGCGGUUCGGUGGAUCUCUGCCUGGUACAGUGAGCACCUUCGGCUUCGGCUAUGAAAUUGACAGCCCACUUCUUGUCCGGCUGGCGGGCUUUUGCGAUGGCACCUACGCCUUCAUCCCGGACGCGGGCUUUGUGGGAACUAUUUUUGUAAACUCCAUCAGCAACCUCCUAGCCACGUGCUGCCUGGAUGCCAGACUAAAAGUGGAGCCCAGCACCGGCGUGCAGCAGGUCUUGGGCGGCCAUGAACUGGCGCUGGGCAGCGUUCGACUGGGCUCUUUGCAGUACGGACAGUCCAAGGACGUGCUUCUGAAGAUAGACAGCGAGGCUUCGGUGACUGCGACACUGGAGUACACUGCACUUGGUGGCAAAUGCUGCUCCGUGCCCUCGCAGCCACUGCCAGAGGCGAAGGAGGUGGAAGUGCAGCUUUGCCGUUCUCACUUCGUGGACACCCUUGCCAGGAUGGUUCCCGCAGUGAAGGAGGACAUCAGCAGCGGCAAGGCGAUGCUCACUGCCCUUGCAGAGCAGGUCUCCCGCUCUUCGGUAGCCGCUGAGGAGCGCGUCAAAGCACUGCUAGAAGACAUCCUCGGGCAGUGCCUAGAGGCAGUGGCAAAACCAGAGUAUUGGGAGAGAUGGGGCAAGCACUACGUGCCCUCCGUCAUGUUUGCACACAAGUUGCAGCAGUUCAAACCAUGACCAUGGCAGAAGGAGAUUUGACCAUGGCUCGGCGUCCCCAGGUGUAACAACUUCAAGGACCCUUCCGUGCAGUGCUAUGGCAGCGACCUCUUUGCAGACAUCCGAGACCUGGCGGAUGCUGCAUUCAACAAGCUGCCAGCACCUUCGGUGACCCCAGCAAGGUUCCGCUACAUGGGCGGCGGACAG